AUGACUGCCCGUAAAUCCACCGGUGGUAGAGCCCCCAGAAAGCAACUCGCUACAAAAGCCGCUCGGAAGAGUGCGCCCUCUACUGGAGGGGUCAAGAAACCUCAUGGUUACAGGACGGGCACUGUGGCUCUCCGCGAAAUCAGACGUUAUCAGAAGUCCACUGAACUUCUGAUUCGUAAACUUCCCUUCCAGCGUCUGGUGUGUGAAAUUGCUCAGGACUUCAAAACAGAUCUGCGCUUCCAGAGUGCAGCAAUUGGUGCUUUGCAGGAGACAAGUGAAGCCUAUCUGGUUGGCCUGUUUGAGGAUACCAACCUAUGUGCUAUCCACGCCAAACGUGUCACAAUCAUGCCAAAAGAUAUCCAGCUAGCACGUCGCGUAGGUGGAGAACGUGCUUAA